AAAGGAUAUUACUUCAAGUUUCAUCUAUUUCUUCCUUUUGAGUAAGUUUAUCUUGGGUGCCACUUGUGGUGGUCUUAAGAUGUUUGGUAUAGGUGGUAAAGGUUUUGUAGAUUUGGUGUUAACCUUGUCUGUCUUGGUAAUAGGUUAUAUAAUAAAGGAUUAUUUUUGUUGGACAUAUAUUCUUUUAACAACAGCAGCAAUUGCUAUUUGCUUCAAG